AUGAACACCCCUUCGCCUUCUCAAGAUUACUUCCAACAACAACAACUCGUUUGUGCAGUCUCUGCAAUCGUCUGGUAUUGUUUGCUUGAUAACAAGACUUUCAUUGAUGCCAUCACUGACGAGAUUAAUAGACGCGGCAUCCAUCUUUUUCAAGACCGUGAAGACCAUUUAUUACGUCUUGGUUUUGAGAUGGACGUCAUUGGUCAAAAUGGCCAGCCAUCAGUUAUGGUUGCUGAUAAUGCCAUCCAACUGGAUGAGGGUUUUGUGUUUCCUGAGGAGAUCCCAGUUUCUCCUUCCAGCUUUCUAGAAGAACCUUUGGCUCCUGGCUCACCUGAGCUAACCCCUACUAGUCCUGGUGCCAUUCCUUCUGUUGGGCCCUCUUCUGGGCAAGUUCGCCGCCGCUCUUCCCCUUCAGACAGGUCUGAAGGCACAGCUGACAAAAGACAGAAGCUGUUUGAUCCUGCAGCUUAUGUCAACGGCCUGUUUGAAGGGGUUGACAUCUCUAAUUCAAAUGGAAUGACUAUCAAGUCAUUCCAUAUGCAAUGUUUGUCUCCUGCGUCCCUGGUGUGUCCUUUGCCUUCUAUCUCUUUGGAACAAGGGUUGGCAUUCUUCCAAAAUGAUGGCGUUAAGACCAUGUUCCUAGGCCACCGAAAGGUUAAGCUUAUGGAACAUGUCUUUUACAUCAACGUCUUCAUUAUUGGAAGAAUGCUUGUACGAGAACGCCAAGUAAACUCGUACAAGCACUUUCUUCAGCAUUUGAUUUCUGAUCCUGCCAUCUGGCCUACUGGGGAAAGUGCCAACCUGAAGUACUUGGUCCAAAAGCUAAAAGGAGCCAAUAGAUUGUUGCACUUGGUUAAGGAAGUAGGAAGGCCAAUGAUCCUACUUCCUAACGAAGUCAACAUCAUUGAGCUGAUCAAUCAUCAUUUGGGAUUCGAAAGCAUAAAACGCGCAAAAAAGUUUCAAGGAACCGUUGGUCCUCUUUUACAGCAUAUGAACGCAAUGCAAAACGUUGGAUGCGACAAAACAUACAAGGCUGUCAUUUCUGGACAGCUUUCAGAAAGAAUACUGUUUGCGGAUGUCAAUGAUUGGCAUCCUAUCAGUACAAUAAAAGCAACGAUUACAUCGAUACAAGAGCCACAAGAAGAAACAGAUCUUCCAAUUGCAAUAGCAAAUCGAUUUGCAACUGUCAGUGCGUCUAGCAUUACAGAUCCCGGUUUUGAAAACCAUGAGGUAACAACAACCGAUCUACAUUUCCGUAUGGCUAGUGGAGCAACAAUGAUAAAACGACGGCUAAGAGAAGAAGAUGAAAAUAAUAGUCGGCAAGACAAACAAAGACGAAUUGAUAAUGAAAACGACACGAUAUUGUCAAAUGGCAUAGAUGAGGAGCAGCAUGAAAACGUUGUAGAAGAUGAGGACAUGUAUGAAGAGCGCAAUGAUUACAUUUAG